CUCCAUACUUAGUACACUGUCUCAAACGAACCGUUCACCGCCAGGGUCCAGUACGGUGAGGAGAGUUGACAGCAGUGAACGUUUCGCUAAUUACUUACGCAUGUGAUCCACCUGAACUUUCAUCCACACAGGCUUAAAGGUCUUACGAUGAACCGCAAAAGGGAAAAGGUGAAGUUGAUAUGGCUGAAUAAGGCGGUGGACUCCCCUAGAAAGCUCAUGAAGAACAGCGUGGGUGUGGCACAGCCCACAUGCUGGGAUGGAGAUGGUCAGGAUGGUGGCAUGAGCGAGGCUGGCUCUCCUGGCCUCAACACUUCUACUGGGUCAGCUGGACUGGGUGACAUGGAAAACAUGUAUCUCAGCACUCCACAGCACUCCAGUUCUUCACGAAGUACACCUAAAACACGCUUAAAAUUGACUGGACCCCAUAGAUCACUACGGAAAAAAAACAGUCCUGUUCAGGACACUGUUUCAGGGCAGCAAUCCUCUGUUGAGCCUUUAUCUCCCUCUGCUGGGAAAAAACUCAGGAGUCCAGAGGAUGGACAGAAACUCAUUUACCUCAAAGCGCUGAAUGAUGCAAUGGGGAAUGCAGACAAAAAGUCAUCAUUUGGUGGGCCUAAAAGUCUGUUUGCAAAUAAAACCCCAGAGAAACCUGUGAAGACAGAGGAGGAGGAAAACUGCCCUGACCUUGAGUGCUGCUCGUUCAGUGAGAACAAUGAACCGCUUCCUCUGUUCAUGACUAAGGAUAGGCCUCCCCCACUGGAGUUAAUAGACACAGAAGAUGAUGGGACAGAAAUAAAGCUGGACACCAGGAGUGUGAUCCUAAAGCAACCAGAAUCGCCGGAUUGGUCGGAUGUUGAGGACUCAGAGCAGGUUGAAGUUUUCUCACAGGAUGAGACCUUUGAGCCAAAGGGCCAACAAAUGAAGCUUAAAAGGGAUUGUGAGUUUGUGGACUUCAGUGACACUCCUCCACCAUUGGAAUGCAACCCUUACUCCUCAUCACCAGCUUUAAAGCCUUUAACAUUCCCACAAGCCCUUUGGGAAUUAGAAUCUCAAGGGGCUGACACUACCCCAACCGUCCCAGCUAAGGAUGUGGAGCUGUUGUCAGAGCGUCCGCCUCAAUCUACUGCCUCUGACCUUGCAACCCCCAAGAAAUAUCCAUGCAGUAUGUCAGUUAGACGGUCCCUCAAAUUACAGCAGCCCAUCAUCAGCACCUACACCCCCUCCACACCUGAAAGCUGGGAUUGCUCUUCUUUUACUACACGCAGAACUUCAGAAUCAAAUUAUUACACAUCCUCACGGAUGUUUCUCGCUGAUGACAGUGCCACCCGCAGGAUGUCGGUUGGCUCAGAGCCUCUUUGGUUGUCAGAUUUGACCUACUCCAAAGCAGAUUCUGCAGGAUUUAUUGACACGCACUGUCACCUUGACAUGCUCUAUGGGAAGUUGGGUUUCCAGGGAAGUUUCCAAAGGUUUCAGAGCAUGUAUGCAAGUAGUUUCCCUAUGGAGUUUAGAGGCUGCAUUGCAGAUUUCUGCAACCCACGAAUCACAGAGAAAGAGGCCAUCUGGGAGGGGCUGCUGGCAGAAGAGAAAGUGUGGGGGGCCUUUGGAUGCCACCCACAUUUUGCCAAAGAGUAUAACCACACUCAUGAGCAAAGCAUCAUGGGUGCUAUGCGUCACCCUAAGGCCAUAGCGUUCGGAGAGAUCGGUUUGGAUUACUCGCACAAGAACUCCACAGACUCGUGGAAACAGAAAGAAGUGUUUGAACGGCAGUUGCAGUUGGCCGUCUCCCUUAAGAAGCCUCUCGUCAUACAUUGCCGUGAUGCUGACGAUGAUUUGCUGAAAAUUAUGAAGAAGUGUGUCCCCCGAGAUUACAAAAUUCACAGACACUGUUUCACCAACAGCUACUCAGUGAUUGAGCCGUUCCUAAAUGAGUUCUCUAACCUGUGUGUGGGUUUCACUGGACUAGUGACGUACCAUCGAGCUACGGAGGUUCGAGCCGCUGUGAGAAAAAUCCCACUCGACAGAAUCCUACUGGAGACAGAUGCACCAUAUUUCCUACCCAGACAGGUGCCCAAGACUGUAUGCAGGUUUGCUCACCCUGGUAUGGGCAUACACACACUGCGUGAGAUUAGUCUGCUGAAGGGAGAGCUGCUAACCACAGUACUGCACACAGUCCGGCAGAACACAAGACACAUAUACGGACUGUGAUUGGAAACGGCGUGUUAAACUACUUGCUAUUUUAUCAACUGAAGUCCUUCAAAAUCGUAGUCCUGCUAGCAGUUUAGUCUUGCAUCUUUGGCACUUUCUCAACUAAACAGUCUUCAAUGUGAAUUUUUUUUUUUUUUUUUACAUAACAAUGUAAAAAACAUAACAAUGUCUUCAAGAAUUGAUAUUUCAAUGUACUAUAGAGUGUGUUAGUAAGUGUACGUGCAUUGCUACUUAAGUUUCUUACCGUGUUAUAGGGAAUUUCACAUCUGUUAAAACUGUUAGUAAUGUGAUACAUUUUAAUAUCUCUUCAGUUUUGUGUUUUAAAAUGGUUCUCUGUUCUCAGGUUUCUUUGGUCGUGUGUCUGCAUACAUGCUUACAAGUUAUGUAUGCCUUUGAGACAUAAGUGACAUAAAAUGCCAUCUUGUGUCUUUAUAUUAGAACCAGUAAUUUUGAUAUGAAAGUUUGUGAAAAAGAAAAUGUGAAACAGAAUUAGAAAAACCACAACAAAUAGCUUUUACCAGGUUGUUGGUUUUAUAUAAAUAUAACUUUUGUUUGAAUAAAUGUAAAUGCAAUAUGAA